CUGGGCCUGGUCUCCAUGGCAGCCGCGGAUUUAUUACAGGGGCCUCCACCCAGCUUGGCGGACUUAGGACUUGAAGCCGGGAGGAAGGAAACCAAGAAAGCAGUCCUGGGAGCAGGGAGCUCAGGGGUGCAGAGGAGGCCCCGAGAUGGUAAGCUAGGCUCUGCCAAGUUUCUUUCCCAGGACCAAAUUAAUGAGUACAAGGAAUGCUUCUCCCUGUAUGACAAGCAGCAGCGGGGGAAGAUAAAAGCCACAGACCUCAUGGUGGUGAUGAGGUGCCUGGGGGCCAGCCCAACACCAGGGGAGGUGCAGCGGCACCUGCAGACUCAUAAGAUAGACAGAAAUGGAGAGCUGGAUUUCUCCACUUUCCUGACCAUUAUGCACAUGCAAAUAAAACAAGAGGACCCAAAGAAGGAAAUUCUCUUGGCCAUGUUGAUGGCGGACAAGGAGAAGAAAGGCUACAUCAUGGCGUCGGAGCUGCGGUCAAAGCUCAUGAAACUGGGGGAGAAGCUCACCCACAAGGAAGUGGAUGAUCUCUUUAGAGAAGCAAAUAUUGAACCAAAUGGCAAAGUGAAGUAUGAUGAAUUUAUCCAGAAGAUCGCCAUUCCUGUGCCGGACUACUGAAUGGAGAGAAUGCAAGAGAGCACCCCCUGGGCCUGAAAACCAGACGGAUGAAUUUUUACAAAGAAAAGCGUUCCUUUCACUCCAGGGAGACAGCACAGCGGCAUGACGCUCCCUGACUGUAGCAGAGGAUAACGUAUCAAUGAAAAUAAAUGAUUUCGGCCAUGGUA